GAGGAGCUCCAUCAGAAUCCUGCAGCAUCAAACCUCCCAGUACCGAAUGCCGCAAACAUGCAAACAUGAAGCGCCAUAGCUCAUUCACGGCUGAGACGCGCCCAGUGUCAAUGUUCAAACACAAGGGAAUGAUAAAUGUAGGUAAAUAUCUGGCAUUCCCUUUGAUUCAUCUCAGAGGUCCAUUUCAGAUGAACAAUUGAUUCAUUCGGCAUUCUCGUUUCGUUGUUUCUGUGAAAUCCAUUCAAUAUUGAAGCUGGUUGGAAAUACCCCUCCAUAGCCCAUAACCCAUAACCCAUAAGGUUAACCCACCAACCCAUCAACACAACUCUUCACCAGCUCUUCAAUAUGAAUUUCUACGAUGGCGCAUUCCUGGCAUUGAUAUCAGCGUGUGGACUUCUUACAUGGCGACAAUACCAAACAAAAAAAGAGACCACAGAAGAUAGGAAAAACAAUGAUGAUACUACCCCUCUAGCAAAGGCAGAAGCACAUCGUUUCACCAAAUUAUUCCUUACUGUCUAUUGUCUUGUGAUGGCAUCAGACUGGCUCCAAGGUCCCUAUGUUUACAGUCUUUACAAAGAUCAAUUUGGGCUGGAUGAGAAAACCGUAGCAUUACUCUUCACAACUGGCUUUCUAUCUGGUGGCAUAUCAGGAUACUUUGUCGGUUCGUUCGCAGAUAAAUAUGGUCGUAAAUCAGCAUGUCUCGUCUUCUGCCUUACCUAUUCGCUUUCGUGUUUUUCAACCAUCUUUCCUAGCACUCCGAUACUAUUUGUUGGCCGAAUUUUUGGAGGGUUGAGUACAAGCUUGAUGUUUAGCGCGUUUGAAAGUUGGAUGGUUACGGAGUAUCAUAAGAGGAACAUACAAAAAGCUGGGAUGAGUUUGAAUAGUCUGUUUGGAGUUAUGUCUACUUUAAACAGUGUCAUGGCUAUUUUGUCGGGUGUUUUUAGCGAGUGGUUGGUUCAGGUGACAGAUGAUAGAAGAAUGCCAUUUAUGGCUUCCGCAUGUCUUUUGGGAGUUUCUGCAUAUAUCAUUGCUACAUAUUGGACCGAGAAUUAUGGCGAUAGUGCAACCAAAGCUCCAAAGUCCACCUCUAGCACCUCGGAAACUUCCCCAACCUCACCCAACGCCAACCAUCCCUCGCGCACUUCUAAAACUCCCCCUCCUGCACCAUCAGCCCUCAAACUAAUCUUCACCAACCCACGAAUCUUCACCCUCGGUCUCGCUUCCUGUUUCUUCGAAGGUAGCAUGUACCUCUUCGUCUUCUUCUGGACGCCCUUCCUCAAAUCCACACAACCAUCUCCCUCGUCCCCUCCCCUCCCCCUAGGCAUGAUCUUCGCCUCCUUCAUGUCCUCGGUCAUGCUCGGUUCCCUAACCUUCACCCAGCUCUCUUCCACCUUCCCCUCUCUAACCCAAACCCGUCUCCUAACAAUCAUCUUCGCCAUCUCCUCCAUCUCCCUCCUCUUUCCCCUCCUUACAGAAAAUCAACAUUACACCUUCUACGCCUUCUGCAUAUUCGAAGCAAUGGUCGGUAUGUAUUUCCCAUCCGUGGGAUCCCUCAAGGGGAAAUGGAUAGAAGAUGGAGUUCGAGCACGCAUCUACGGUGCAUUGAGAGUUCCCUUGAAUAUCUUUGUCGUAGUUAGUUUGGCGCUCGUGAGAGAAGGAGAAGAGUAUCGACGGGGUGUGUUUUUAGUUUGUGGAGGUUUGUUGGUAGCAGUCAGUGGGGUUUUUUAUCGAUUCGUUAGGGAGAGUUAAACGUUAGAUGUCAUAUGAAGAGGUCUUGGUUAGUUAGGUGUACUGGGUAUUUCUAGAUGAAUGAAUGAACGAAUGUAUGUAUGUAUACAUAUUGAGCACGCGCAUUGCACACACUAUUUUAGAACCCUUGAGUUUGUGCUCGGAAGUGGAAAUAGAAGUGAGUGAAAGUAGUAAGGCAAAACAAACCCUUUAUGAUCUCUCCCUCUCUCCCUCUCUCCUAGUCAGCCUAUAAAUUUCCAAAUCUCCA